UUUAUAUUUAAUUUCGCGUCUUGGAGAUUCCAGUCUUUAGUAUAAUAUCUGUAACACUCGGUGUAACUUCUUCGAGUAUUAACAAAUUGAACAGUCAAGUAUUCUAAUCUUAUAAUUAUCGAAAUGUUUCUCAAAGGAUAUUUACAUUUAUUUCUAAUGAAUUUGAUCGUAUCGAGUAUCGAAAUUAAUGCUUGGAACAUAUGGAAAAUGCAUAAGUUUCCACAAGUACGACGUUUUUGGCAAACUAACGAAAAUCGAUCUCGAGAAUCUUACGAUCAGCAGACGCACGCGCUUCAAAAUAUUAAAUCGGCACAAAGUUUAAGAGAAAAACGACUUUUUCCAUUGUUCACCGUGGUCAAAUUUGAUAAUAACGUUUGUGCUGGUUCCAACGGAGAAAAUGGUACUUGCAUAUCAGCUACGGAAUGUUCACAACGUGCUGGUAUAUCAAGUGGAAUUUGUGCCAACGGUUAUGGCGUAUGUUGUAUCGUCAUGGUCUCGUGCGGACAAACAAUUAACGAUAAUAAUACUUACUUUGUUAAUCCGAAUUAUCCAUCCACGUUCGAUGGUACUGAGUCGUGUCAAUUGACGUUAUUGAAAUCAAAUCCGGAUGUGUGCCAAUUUAGAUUGGAUUUUGUACAAUUUAUGAUAAGAGGACCGGAGACAACGAACAAUUUGUGCACAUAUGACCAAUUUAUUGUCUCCGGUGGUAAUCCAGUGCCAACUAUUUGUGGAACUAAUAAUGGCAAUCAUAUGUACAUAGACGCUGGUGUAGGGCAAACUAAUCCCAUUACAUUGACAUUCGUCACGAGCGGGAAUUCCUUUCCACGAUCCUGGAAAGUCCGAAUCUCACAGAUUCGUUGUAGCACAAUUUACAGAGCUGAGGAAGGGUGUUUGCAAUAUUUUACCGGUGUAUCAGGACAAAUAAAAUCAUUCAAUUUCGAUCCCACGACCGGAUUGCAAUUGUCCAAUCAGGAUUACAGUAUAUGUAUCAGAAUGGAAAAAAACUUUUGCGGUAUCCAAUAUAUGCCCUGUUCUGACGAAGGUAUUAUGGUAACCAGUGGGCCAGGACAAAUGUCUCGUAAUAACGCGUUUACUUUAACGGGUAAUACUCAAGGAACGCAAAUAGCUUCAAUGACAGGUGCCGCAUGUCAAACAGACUACUUGAUGAUACCUUGUGCGAUUAACGCAGGUAGAACUCCUUCGAUGUCAAUCACCUGUGUUGACAGAUUGUGCGGUGGUACGUUUAAUGCUGAGAGUCAAAACUUAAACUCAUCUUCGGUCAUUAGCACUGUUAAACCUUUCAGAUUAAUAUUUCAUACAGAUGCGAUAGAAGCACCGAAUGAUAUUGGAAAUAGAGGUUUUUGUUUAAAUUAUGUUCAACAACCGUGCACGACAAAAUUAAGGUAAGGUAUUUUGAGGUAUAUUUGAGGUAUACAUCCAAUUGGAAAAUGAAGGAAUGAAAUUAUUGAAAUCUUUAGGAGUCCACAGUUUAUUUAAAGAUCUUUCCAAAUAUCUUAUAAGUUUUCUUAAUCAAUACUAGGACGAUGUUAAUCCGAUUAAAAAAUAGGAUCUUCUUCUUUUUUUUUUUUUUGCAAGUAAACGUAAUAACGCUUGCAUAACAAGUACGCUUGUACAUUUUUUUUCGUACUUUUUUGAUUUAUUUUUCUUUUUUUUUUUUCGUUGCACCUAUCAUCUAAAGAAAUGAUCAAUCAGACUUCAAAAUCAGCCAACCAUGCGAAUCUUAAAUACACGUGUAACAUACGACAAUAGUGUAUCUUUUUAGAUAUAAUAUAUAUUUUCACACAAUAACACGUCGAUAUAUGUGUGUAUAUAGAAAAUUUUCUGUAACCGAUGUAAUACAAACGAACUAAAAGUGAGAUUUUACGUGUAAACAAAAUUAUUCUUAUAAGUCUUCGUAUUUGACAAUAUAUUAUUUAUUUUCUAUUUUUUCAUUUAUUAUAUUUUUACACACAUACUCGUCAUAUAAAUACUUGUCUAAUUUUUAAAAUUAUUUUUCUCCAAAAUAAAAUCUUUUAUAAACAAAUUUUGUUAUUCCACAUAUUCAACUUGAUUUUUCAACUUGAAUCAUCUUAUUACUCGUUUGUAUCAUUGUAUCAUUAGGUACAGAACAUCUUGUAUAUACUUAAAUAUAUAUAUAUAUAUACAUAAAAUAUCAUAUAGAUUAAACAUUAAUAUUUCAUUAAACAAUU